ACUAAAGCACAUUCACCAAAAAAAUGCAUCGUUUCUUCCGGUUUAACGUGACUUGGUUACCAUGGUGACAAUGUAAACAUACACAACUUUUUGUCAGUGCGAAGCCAAAGUUCCCAGUCAUGACCUCGGACCUGGAGAGUCAGUACACCGUGUUCGAUGGUUCUUCCCCGGACGACGUGUCUCACGCUCGGCGGCUCUGGAGCUCCGUGUGGCUGCUUCCGCCCCAGGAGUCGCGCCAGGUCUCGGCCGCUGAAGUCCGCCAAAGACUGCCGGUGUGUCGGCCGCCGCGCGUCGGUGCCACCCGAACUGAACCGCCGCCGCUGAACGUAAAGGAGCUGCAGCAGCGUCAGGAGGAGCGGAAGCGCUUCCUCGCUAUGGCCGACCAGAGGAAGGAGAUCCUGGCGCUACUGAAGCGCCAGAGGGAGAAGAGGAUCCAAAAAGAGCUGCUCUCUCUGAAUUUUCGAUACAAAACUAAAGGGUCUGGCGGGAAAACCGAGAAGACUGACAGUUCUGCGGAAGAUGUGGAGCUGGUGAGGACGCUGGACUGAAUCCAGCGAAUAAAACGCUUGUUCAGAA